UUAUCAGGUUCAGUUGAAAUUAGUUUCGAAAAUUUCUUAAUUCAUAGAGCUAUAUACUGACUAAAACUAUAUAACUCAAACAUUUCUUAAGCAACUGUCAUUUCGUUAACAUUUAUUUUGCAAUCAUGCUAAAGGACCUGCAGAGUGAUUCAUUCGAUUCCUUCAUGCGUAUGCCGAACAAGUUUUUUAUGUCGGUGGGCUUAAUACCAUAUUCGCUGCACAACGAACCGAAUCUAUUGAAAUACCGGCUGAUGCUUUUCCUAUUUUUCUGCUCCUUUACAAAUCUCAUACUGCUGGUUCUCGGUGAAUGUAUUUACUUCUGCAAAACGUUUGGAAAUUUCAAAAAUUUCGUCGACGCUGUAAGUGUUACAUUAUGCAUUGGCUUCAUUUUUCUUGCAUUGGCUAAGGUGAGUGCUGUAUUCUGGAAACGAGAUCAAAUGAGCAGAUUGAUGAGCGAUUUGGAGAUAAUGUUUCCAAAAACGGAUGGAGAAGCUAGAGAGUAUAAUGUGGGUAAGUUUCGGUCACAGACGGUUUUCUUAAUGAAACUGUACGCAACCAUCCAAAUGGUGAUGAUUUGGUGUUUCAACUUUUACCCACUAACUGAAACGCUGAGCGGAUAUAUGAACGAUGGCAGCUGGGAAGUGGAUUUCCCGUACAUCAUUUGGUAUCCAUUCAAUCCGUAUGCUCCUGGAUACUUUGAAUUAAAUUGGAUGUCUCAAAUGUGGGCCGCAUAUGUGUCGGCCGCUGGAAUGCUAGCAACUGACUUGCUGUUAUGUGGAGCAGUCGAACAAAUUUGCAUGCAUUUUGAAUACUUAAACAAACAGCUGUUAAGCAUGAGGCCGAAUGCAAGGACUGGUGACAUUGAUUAUAGUAAAUUGAAAAAGAUCGUUAGAACUCACAACGAAAUUAUCAGGUUGACUGUUGAAUUGGACGACAUAUUCGGUGGAUCGAUUCUGUUCAACUUCGUAUCCAGUUCGGUCAUCAUUUGUGUCGUGGGAUUUCUGGUGACUACAGCUGAUAGAUCCAUUGAAGUCGUCAAAUAUUCGUUUACGCUGAUCUCGUCAAUUAUCCAAGUUUACAUCGUUUGUUUGAUGGGUGACAAGUUUAUUGUUUCGAGCACUGGUAUUGCCGAUGCUGUCUAUAACAGUUACUGGUUUGAUGGACCAAUUAAAUACAAAAAGAGUCUGGUGUUGAUAAUUCAGCGAAGCUUUCAAAGACCACAGAAAUUGACGGCAUAUAAAUUUUCAGUGGCAAAUAUGAAAAAUUUUAGUAAUGUGAGUGCUGUCGUACAGAGUUCUUAACGAUUUUAUUUAAUGAGGAAAUUUUCUCAACAGGUGUUGAGUACAUCUUAUCAA